GUGAGAUCGCGAGCCAUGAGAAUAGUUUUUGGCAGCCAUUCUUCAACGUUGAUUAUGGCUGGAAUGCACUGAGCCGAUUGGCCCAUUCUGAAUUUGUGUGCACCCUUGUCGCCAUGUUCACCGUUUUGCUGCGCGCCAGGGCGGGGAUGAAAGUGGAAGGUUUGAUUCAGAACUUUGUCCGGCAGGUUCGCACGUUGAGCCCUCAAAUGGUAGAUGUUGGGGCCAAAGCUACAACGCGCCGAACGGCUCGGGCUGGCUGCACUGUGGUGGUCGGCAAGGAGGUGGCUGCAGCCUUGGCAGCUAAGACGGUGGCCAAGGGUGAUGUAUUUACAGUUAGUGAAGUUGCUGGAAUCAUGGCAGCGAAGCGCACGCCAGACCUGCUGCCACUGUGCCAUCCUUUGCCUUUGACCCGUGCCACUGUUCAUUGCAAGCUCGAUGAAGAGAAUGCGUUGGUGCAUGUCGAAGCGGAUGUGUCAUGUGAUGGCCAGACCGGUGUUGAAAUGGAGAGCCUAGCAGCGGCUUCAACUGCUGCACUGUGCAUCUAUGACAUGUGCAAGCCGAUUAGCAAAGGCAUUGUGAUCACAAACCUUCGGCUAUUGAGCAAGACCGGAGGGAAGAGUGGUGACUAUGUCGCACCGGAGGGUGCAGCCUGAUACAAAAGCCCGCCAUGCAUGCAAGUUGAUACUUAUAUAAUAGUAGAUCGGUCAGAUGCCCAAUUGUCAAAUCUGAAUGAUUUGAGCCACAUGCUCCUUUGAGACUGUUUCAAUCAAGCAAACAUAUCAGACACCGGCAUCUAUACAAGCAGACCAAAAACAUGACACGGAUUGUUUGCAAACCACAGC